AUGGAAAGGCCAGUGACACAAAUCGAAGAGCAUCCUGGCCCCUCCCUCACCAUCGCCAGUUCGUGGAUAAACGGGGUCGCCGACCGGGAUGAAGGACCCCUCCCCCAAGGAUCGUUGCGCAUGUGCCAUCCAGUCGCCCGAGCUGAGGAGCACGCAGAUGAGGAAGAGCGAUGGGCGACCACAGUGGAGAAGCAGAGGUCGUCUGGAUGUCGGACAGAGUUACCACCAGGCAAUUACGGCUACGGCUACGGGCAGGCCGGCCAGACUCUGUUCGCCUGUUUGAGACGAGGAGCACUGCGCGCCAGUCGACGAGGAGAUUGCCUCUGUGGUUCCGGCGGCACUUUUGAGCCGAACAUCAGCGACCGGUGCCAUGGCCGCCACCAGGGCGAGCAGGGACCGGGGUACCCCUUCAGCCAAUAUUCUAUGCGGGGCGACCUGUCCAGGGAGCCGCUUCCUGCCCUGUCGGCUCCAUCAGGCACAGAAAUUCUGCAACACAGGGGCCAAGCAAUCCCCGACAAACCCCUGCCCGAGAAACGCAGCUCCCUCGCCCGAUGCAUCCAUCCCAUCCAGUCGACUGUUUCACGCGACAUCCUCUCGACACAACAGGACCUCCCCCCAAACCCUAGAUACAGACUGGACCUACUCAGACCUACCAGACCUAUCGAGCUUGCGUAA